UGCUAUGAGACCACAGACACCUGUCAGAGUUUUUUAUUUUUUCAGGGACUCCUUUCUACUCUGUCGGAAUGGUGCUAUAAGGUAUUUGUUGAGCUUCUAAAGAUGCCACAUAGGAAUAUGCUGGAUUCUACUGUUCCAAUAUCAAAUAGGUGCAACUGAACUGUGAAUUGACAAAUCUAUGUUUAGUUUCAUCUGCGCUAAAAACAAGCUCCAUGUCUCUCUGGGAAUCAUGAAAGACUGUUGUCUAUCAAAACGAAGUAAAAUGUGCAAAACCACAGUAUUUUCCAUGUCUGUCAUCUGAAACAGUCACAAACCCCAGAUCCUUCCUGAAUACCGGUACUCUAGAUUACCUCUCUCAGGGUUCUUUGUUGGGUCUUUUUUUUUUCUUUUAACAAGUUUUCAUAUAUACCAGGAUUUAUAUUUAGAAACUGUUUUUUCUUACCACUGCUUUGUUGGAGUUAAAUUUACCUUUUGUUUAAAGUCGGCAUGGGCUGUGAUUCAAAACAGACAAACUGUCGGAAGGAUUUAAAACGUGGAUGGAUUCGAACGUUUAAUUAAUUUUUACCAGACUAAGACCGAAACCAUUAUAUUAGUAUAAUCAAAAUUAAUAAAUGGUCACCUAGUCCUAUUGAACAUUCAGUAAAGCAAUUUAGGAGUAACCAUACUUUAAACUAGAACAGAAGCAUAGCUCUGUGGUUGUGUAAUGUGUUUUCAAACAGGCUAAAACACAGUGAUUUUACUGACAUCUGGUGACAGGUGUAAUAGAAGUGUGUCAGAAAUCAAUUAAACCGUAGGACCCAAAAUGCAGGAGACAACGUUGGUGCGAGAAAAUAAAUGCUUUAAAAAGACAAAGCAUGGCAGAGGAUUUGACCAAAAUGAGUUGAAAACAAAACACUCAAUUAACUGAGGAUGAUUAACUGAAACGAACAGCUGUGGAUAAUUAGCAAAUGAAACCGACAAGUGAGACUGUACCAAAUAAGCUUGAAAACAAAACAGUACAAAAACAAAACACGAAAAACAUUAAAAAAAAUAAAUAAAAAACCCACACAAUUUUAGUGUAAAAUAUGAAAGAUUGUAAUAGCAAAAAUCAAAUAAAGACACAGCCAAGCGUGACCUUAUGUUAAAGCCUCAUAGUCACGCUGAAAAACAAGAGGGGAGGGGCGCUAUUUCUCUUCUAGCAGAGCGAUUACGUAAGCGGGAUGCACUCGGAGGCAGGGCGCAUUUUAAGGACUAACACCUGCUCAGACAGUCUUUACGCAUGCCCAUUCCAACACUUCCGGCAAAAUUGGCGGGAAAAACAGCUCAAAAUAUAUGUAAUUUUAAACUAGCAAACAUAUUUGGGACUUUCCUAUCAAAGUUAUGUUUCAGUGUAGGACGGCCUGGUUUUCCAAAAGUGUGAAUGAGGCACACCUCAAGUUUUGGGUACAAGAAGGUGGGACCAUCACAGGCUGGAGAAAAGCCGAUUUCAUCUUUAGUGAGGAUGCAACAUCCUCUGACACUUUAAGGAUAUUUGAGAGCAAAGAUUUCCUCUGGGACAAAGUGACAGUUUUUCACAGCUUGUUCCUAUUGACCUGUGAAAAAAGGCAGAGUGUGAAAUCCGUAUGCAUUGGUCAUUAUGUGCUACCCCCAGUCCCAGUGCAGAACGAGAUGAGAAAGGCGGUUGGAAGAUUGAUUUGGGAGGGUGAAAGUGAUCCAUCAGUUACACAGGAAAAUUCAGUGAGUAGUAAAUGCCUGGAUGAGGAGAGCGGAGAAGAGCUCAGCGUAAGCAACUGUGAACCAUCUGAUGAAGAUUCAUCUCCUGAAAAGGAAAAUCACCUAAGAAACAAAGCAAACGGUACUCUCACAGGUCAGGAGCCGAGCAGCAGCGUUCUGGAUGAACAGCAGUUGUCUCACAGCACAUUUACUGAGGCCAUUUUGUUCAUCUUACUACAGAUAAAAGGUACAUCAGCAUGGACAGCCUGCAGAAAUAUUCAGGUGAACUGAGUGAUUAUUAUCCAAAGCAUUUCCCAUGCUUGAACUGUGGAGCCUGCGUCUGUUUGACCCCCCCCAUAACCAAAAGAAAGGCUGACAAAAAACUUGACACAAUCUAAAAAUGAUGGACGCUGUAUUUUGUCACAGUACAGUGUUUAUAGCAGUGGUUAUUAAACAUUUAUGUUAAGGUCCAUUGUUGCCAAGCUGGGCCUUUUGGAAUGCCUACAUUUGGUUUUACAAAAGCAUUUGAUUGGUUGAUUUGCAAGAAACCAGUUUUUCUUCCUGUUUCUAAGUGAAAUAAGAUCAACCUCUGCUGUUUAAGAUUAUUUAAGAUCAACUAUCGAGAAAUAAAGUUUUUGUUAGACCAGAUACCUUCUGAGUUGUUAUUUUGAGUCUCUUUACUUGUUUCUUCUUUGUUUGAUUUGAUUAAACCAGCCAUCAUUGUUAUCAUUUGUUAGGCCAGUUUCUACCAGAAUCCCAAAGAGCUGAUGCAAUAAACCAGUUUCUCAGUUUAAAUAUCACUUGUCUCUUCUGUAUGAUUUGUACUGAAAAGAAAUGGAAACAUGUCAUUUUAAAAACUAUGCAGAAGAAUGAUUAUUUGUCUUAAUAGGUUUACAUCCUGGUUCUGUCUGUUUGUCAGUCAUUGGCUCUGCCCAAAAGCCAGUUAAAAUUGUUAAAAAUGUUCGAUUUUAGUUAGCUUUCUAGUGAGUUAAAAUUAACACCUCAAAAUGUUCAUUUUUUUAUAACGACUGGUACUUUUACUAAAUAAAAAAAAGCGGACUAAAGGAAUUUCCAAAGCGGUUUUCAGACAUCAAUGGAUUCGCGCUCACCCCUCUUAAAUGGACUCUUCCGCUUCUAGCUGACCAAUCAACUGCUCUGUUGUGAGAGCAGCCCCGCCCUCCGAGACUGUUCUUACGUGAGGGUCGUGUAUGUGUUUUGACACUGACAGCGUCUGACGAGCUCUAAGACUCUGCCCUGAAAGAUCCACGCUCGACGACUUUAUUUUGUCCGCGUUAGGCUUCCGUCAUGGCUCAGGAGAAUCUGUCCGUGGUCCUACACUCUAAGGGAGACCUCAGGCUUG